AUGUGUGAGAAAGUGACUAUUAUUGAGAAAGGCGAUGUGGGAUGUGUGGAUGCGGUUGUACACGGAUGUAGUUGCAUGCAUGUUGUUUUUGAAAGGAUAUGCGAAUCGAAGAGAAUUGAGGAGAUGCGAUUUGAAUGCCUGAGAGGAAUGCAUGAGAGGUCAGUCAAGAUUUUUGAGGCAGGAAGGAGGAUAGAGUUUGGAUAUGAGUUUUUGAUUGAAUAUGUUUUGAUGUGUGCAGGGAUUAUUGAGUAUGAGUGUAAGGUUGAUGUGCUUGAGGAAGUUGGUGGAGCAUGCUUGCUGAAAGGAGUUUUGCAUGCAAUAGACGAUGAGUACAGGCUAGGGCUAAGUGUGCAGCUGAAUGGAAAUGAUGUAAUGGUCGAGAUGGGAGGGAAGGUUAUAUAUGAGAUGAGAGAGUGGCAAUGA